AUAGAUUGAUUCGUCCAUAAGUUGGUAAUCGAGUUGGCUCUCUAACCACAUGUUAAGACAUAUCAUGAGCUCUAAACGAGCCAGCUCACGAGUUUAGCUCAACAAGCCACCGAGUCGAGCUAGCUUGCGAGUUUCACGAGCUCAACAAAGGUGAGCUCGUGUUCGGCUCGUUUAUUAACAAGAGUUUCGAACGAGAUUUUCUCGAGUCGAACGCCGAGCCGCUCGUGAGCAGCUCGGCUUAUUUGCAGCCCUACUUGUGAACCAUUUAGUAACAACAACCAAGGUGUCUGCAGCAUCCACGCCAAUAAUGUUAUAGGAAACUUGCAAAGCAGCAAUUGCUCUUGCCUUGAACUUUGCAUACCCUACGCGUUCUGCUUUUGCCUCCCCUAUUUGAAAAUGUUGCUUUUCCCUCCCCUUAGGCUAACCACAACCCGUGGGACAAAAAUUGGAGGUUUUAAGACUAUUUUGGCCUUUUAGCCCCCUCGAAAACAGCAACAGCUGCAACCUGGAUGGCUAAAAAUUUAUGUUUCGUAUUUAGUAAUCAUAACUUAUGAAUACUUAAAAUUAUGUUUUUUACUUUAAAAUUUAUAUAUUCAUUCACAAUAAUUAAAUACGAACAUUCCGAUAAAAUUUGAAAUAUUCUGAGAUACUUUGUUUUUAGUUGAAAUGGAAGAAAGUUACACCGAAAUUAACUUCGUACAUCAAAAUUACCAAGAUUUUGAACGAUUUCGGAGAUACCUUUUUUUUAUUUGAAAUAGAAGAACGUUCCAAAUUUAAAAAAAAAAUUUCAAAUAACAAUCAAAUGGUUGAAAGUUACAACGAUAGGAACUUCGUUAGUUAAAAACACUCACAAAAACACAAGUAUAUUCAAUUUAAGUAAAACAAAGAAAAGUUAAAAUAAUCCCCACCAUUUGAGCUCUCACCAUUUUAGCCCUCCUCUUAAAACCUUCCCAAAUAAGAGCUAAAAUAGCCCCCUAAAAUCCCUUAUAGCCUUUUACCCCUCAAAUUUGCCCCAUGAUUAAAGAUGCUUUAUUGGGACUAAAAGGACAUUUUAGCUUUUUAGCCCUAGGGUUGUGGACAGCCUUAUAGAGGCCAGCCACCAAAUGUACCCGACCCGACCAUAUACGUGAGGUGAUGCUUUUGUGAAACUUUACAUGUCUUUGUCUGCCAGGCAACUCUUUUCUCCUUCCCUGUAAAACAAAACAUGAAUAGCUACUUAAUUCUUUUUUAUCUACAUGUAGGUGGGACUUAUUGAAAUGGAUCUUUAUUGUUACAUGCUUUUAAAUGUUGGAUACAGACUUAGCCUUAUGUCGCCAUAAGAACAAAUUGAGAAUAUAUGUGAUCAAUAUCUCUGUUCUAUUCUAUUACUAAUGAUUAUGUCUUGUGACUCUGGUCACGAAGCACUGGCUUCCUCCCUAGUAUUAAUUAAUUACAAUGAAACAAUAACUAACAUGCUGAAACAAUUAUUAUGAAACAACAACUAACCUACGCGUUCUGCUUUUGCCUCCCCUAUUUGACAAUGUUGUUUUUCCCUCCCAUUAGGCUAACCACAACCCGAGGGACAAAAAUUGGAGGUUUUAAGCAAGGACCAGGAUACCCUACCGGACCGGUCGGUCGAACCGGAAAAACCGGAAACCGGAGGUAAACCGGUGCAAUAGGGCUUUGUACCCUUCAAUAACCUGCCGGGCGGUAUUUGCGGUUGGACCGCAAUGGGCCGAAAUUUCGGCCGGUUUAAAACCAACCCGGCGGUCCCUUCAUUUUACACAAACGGCGCCGUUUGAUGAAAAAAAAAACGGAAGGGAAGGGAAGCAGCGCAAAAACCCUACCUGCCUCUCGUCUCUCUCUCCCAGCACUCAGCAGCGCCGCUCUGGUCUCCCCGCGUCGCGCCGCUCAGGUCUCCCCGCGUCACGCCUCUCAGGUAUUCCCGCGUCGCGCCGCUCUUUAUCCCCAGCAACCGGCGAUCAACACCACCGGCGACCGCGCCCUUGACCGUGCCCUUCAUCGCUCCAAUCAGAGAUCGUGGCCGCCACAAUAAAUUGAUAUUAUUACAGAGGAAGGAAGGGGGGGGGGGGAAAUAGUAACGCUUGGCUUUAUCCAGCUCGCCGUUUCAAGGUUAGUAGCUUGGCUUUGGGCUUCCAUCUUCUCCUUCAUUCCUUCUUCUUCUGAUUUUGCAUAUGGAAAGUUUUAUCUGCCCUUCCAAUCAAUUCAUGCUGGGAGUGGAGCGGUUUUGGUAUAUUGAUCGAUCCAUCUGAUAGCUAGGGGGAAUUUCUUAGUCAUUUUCCAGUCAAUGAAUGAUGAUUCAGCUAAUUCUGUCGAUCGUUCCAGUUUAGAGCUGCAAAUUGGUUACUGAAUUAGGUUUCUCCUGGUCGAUUCGAAGUUCUCGUAGUGCCUGCAGUUUUUUUUUUUUUGGGUGUUCUCUUUCUCUUCCUGGUUUGCUUGUUUUUUUUCCUUCUAUUUGUAUGGUGGGUUUUGGAUUGAGUUUGGACCGACUCUUGGUCUUUUGUAAUGUGUGUGAUUGAGGGGAAGGCAAGCUUGAUUUCCUUUUACUGGACAGAUUCCUUGAGCGUUUUGUGUUGUUGUUGCUGGUGUGCUAUUUGGUUUGGGAAUUUGAGGUUCGUGGUUGGUUAGUGUCUUCGUGGUUGAGGUUAGCUGUUUGAAAAGUUAGAGGUUUUGUAGGACUAUGCAAUCGAUUCAUUGGGGAAAGUUCAAUUUCUGGAAAGGCUAGGUUCUUUGUUUUUUUUUUUUUGGUGAGUAUAUAUUCUUCUCGCCGUGGUUGCUAAUGCAAGUUAUUUGCUUUUGUUUCGUUCUAAAAAUGUAUUUGGAUGAUUAUGAGGUUUAUUAGGUAUUGAAAUCUCGCACUUUGUUGAAUGUUACCUAAGCUUAUUUACUCUUUUACAGUUUCUUAGGCGGUAUAAUCCGGUUUUAUUCCGGUAUUUUCCCGGUAUGGUACCCUAAUUUUGUCGGUACGGUUUUUUAACAAAAAAAUAAUUUUUUUAUUCCAAAAACGGUAUUUGCCGGUAGGAAACGGUUGAACCAUGGUUGUACCACGAUUUACCAUGCCAAAAACGAUUCCGAUUUGAUGUCCGGUACGGUUUCGUAAUCCAUGGUUUUAAGGCUAUUUUAGCCAUUUAGCCACCUCGAAAACAGAAACAACUGCAACCCGGAUGGCUAAAAAUUUACGUUUCGUAUUUGGUAAUCAUAACUUAUGAAUAGUUAAAAUUAUGUUUUUACUUUAAAAUUUAUAUAUUCAUUCACAAUAAUUAAAUACGAACAUUCCGAUAAAAUUUGGAAUAUUAUGAGAUACUUUGAUUUUAGUUGAAAUGGAAGAAAGUUACGCCGAAAUAAACUUCGUUCAUCAAAAUUACCAAGAUUUUGAACGAUUUCGGAGAUACCUUUUUUUAGUUGAAAUGGAAGAACGUUCCAAAUUUCAAAUUUUUUUUUUCAAAUAACAAUCAAAUUGUUGAAAGUUACAACGAUAGGAACUUCGUUAGUUAAAAACACUCACAACAACACAAGUAUAUUCAAUUUAAGUAAAACAAAGAAAAGUUAAAAUAAUCUCCACCAUUUGAGCUCUCACCAUUUUAGCCCCCCUCUUAAAACCCUCCCAAAUAAGAGCUAAAAUAGCCCCCUAAAAUCCCUUAUAGCCUUUUACCCCUCAAAUUUGCCCCAUGAUUAAAGAUGCUUUAUUGGGACUAAAAGGACAUUUUAGCCCUAGGAUUGUGGACAGCCUUAUAGAGGCCAGCCACCAAAUGUACCAGACCCGACCAUAGUGUGAGGUGAUGCUUUUGUGAAACUUUACAUGUCUUUGUCUGCCAGGCAACUCUUUUCUCCUUCCCUGUAAAACAAAACAUGAAUAGCUACUUAACUCUUUUUUAUCUACAUGUAGGUGGGAGUUAUUGAAAUGUAUCUUUAUUGUUACCUGCUUUUAAAUGUUGGAUACAGACUUAGCCUUAUGUCGCCAUAAGAACACAUCUAUCUAUCUAUCUAUCUAUCUAUCUAUACAUAAUAUUAUGGCAAUUCAAAAGUAGUUUGUUGCCACAUAAGCAUUUGGAGAAUUUACAAGGUGCCAUGGUGUACACUUUUUUUACAACAAAAAAAGUUAGUUAAUGAUCAAUUAAUGUAGCUAUAUCUAUCUUCUUUUAAUAUUUUCUUUUUAUUUUAAUGAUCAUUUAUGUAGCUAUGUAUAUCUUCUUUUAAUAUUUUUUUUAUUCAAUAAUUGUUUUUUGCAAUAUAUAUGUAUAGCAACAGUAUACGUAUGUUUGGAGAGUGACAUAUAUUGUAAUCUUUUAAUAAAUAUAUUUGAUUAAAUCUGAUCAAUUAAUUUUUAUUUUUAUUAGAACUUAAUACAGUGAAGUUUAGAUAAUCAACAUUUAAUAAUCAAUUGAAUUUGAAAAACCAACUAUAUAAUUUUAUGUUUUGGUUAUCAAACACUAUCUUUUUCUAAUGUUUGUAUCUAUUAAUGAAAACAAGUAUUAAAUAGCAAAAUGCUUCAAAAGUUGUUUUUCAUUUAGAUAGAAACUUGACGAAGUCAUAAUAUAGUACCUGAUUGUACAAAUGAAGGCGAUAAAGAAAAACAACUUUUCUUCUCUCUUAUAAUGCAUGCUUCCAUACCUUAUUUUCUCUUACAUUUGUUCAUAUUUUCCCUUAUUUUUCUUAAUAGUUUACCUAUUUCGGUCAAACAAAGGUGUUAAUUACACUUAAAAAUACAUUAAACUCUUUAUAUUUAUAUAUGUAUAUUAUGACAUACUUUGAGUAAGAAAAUGAUAUCUAGACC